GUGUGUUAUGUCAUAAAGCAUGACUGGGUGUUUAAGUUCAAGUGGAUACUUGGAUAGUGGAGAGAGACUCACUUGAAAACAUGUUUUGCAUAAGCUAAACAAAUGGGGCUUUUGGCCAAGUCUUCCGUUUGGUGUUGUCAAGGUGUUUGUGGCACAAACGCAACAUAUCCCGAUUUCGAAUACUCUCCUCAAGGUGGCUCCGGCACCGGAACUGCUCAAAAGAUCGACGGCGGUGACGAAAACAGAGCAUCAAACUCUGAAUUGUCUGUUUGUUUCAAUGUGGCCACUUUAUAUAUUCCUUCUCUCACUAGCCAAACCACCAAGUUUCUCGGCUUUCCAUUGCCACCGUUUCUAAAAAUCGAUAUCUCACCGGAGAUUUUCCAAGGAACUAUCGAUCAAGAAUCCGGGAAGGUGGAAUUAGAGUUCAUGGCUAAGUUCUUUUUCACGGCGGGAGGAGGGAUAUACAGAGCUCCGGCGUUGGUUGUUAAAACUGUGUUGACGACGGAGGAAUCGAUAGGAGAGACAAAGAGAGGGAAAGGAGAGAGAAUGGACGAAGAAGGAAAGUGUAGACUCGUCGGUGUCGCGAAAGUUGAGACCGUCGACGAUUUGUUUAUGAACACGUUCCUCUCUCUUCCGGCGGAGUGUCUCGCCGAUCUACAAGCUAUUAUUUCAGUCUCUGAUAAUCAAUCUUGAAUCUUAAUGAUAAAGCAUAAAUAUUUGAGUUUAUGAGUAUAAAAUUGAUUAAUUAUU